UACGAGCUGUACGAGUCUCGCUCUCGUCUUGCUUGACGAAUUGACCGUCGAAAGCGCUGUGCAUUUUACUUUCAUGUACCUCAAUCAAACCAUGACGUAUUUAAAUUUGCACAGACGAAGUCUAUGAAAUAGGACACUUCACUUACGGAGAGUUUAGUUGCUUGCCGGCUAGGCUAGUAUCGGUUACUCGCUGGACAAUUAUGACAUAGUUAUUUAUUGACUUUUUAGUGCAAAUAUAGAAGUUGAUAGAAGUCAAAAUGAACAUCAGGCGGUUACUUGUCGUAUUUUUUGCUGUUUUUGUUGGUUUAGUGAGUGGUGCAGUUAUCGCUAACGACGACGAUGUGGAAGAGCAGGGACUGUAUCGUAAGUCGGACAAAGUUGUUAUACUAACUCGACGUAACUUCGAAAGAAAAGUAUAUGGCCAAAGUAGAGCACAAGUUGUGCAGUUCUAUAACAGUUAUUGCGGGCAUUGUAGAGCUUUCUCGCCAAAGUUCAAAAGCUUGGCUGCUGAGAUACAACCAUGGGAAAACAUUUUUAAAUUAGCAGUUAUAGACUGCUCUGAGGAGGAGAACAAUGAAAUAUGCAGACAAUUUGAGAUAAUGGCGUAUCCAUCCCUUCGAUACAUUCAUGAAAAUUAUGUCAAGGGCAAUGCUAAUGUUGGUGAGAAACUGAAUGCCAUUGAUACAGCUGAAAAACUGAAAUCUGAAAUUAUUCACAAAAUGCAGCAGGAGCAAGUAAUGGGACGUUUACCCUAUGCUCCUCCUCUCAGUAUAGCCUCAUACUCCAGUUUCACUGCGGCCCUUUCUGAUGUGCCCAACUCCAUCAUGUACACUUUCUUAGUGUUUGAAUCUGAAAACAGUACUGUUGGAUCCGAGCUUGCUUUGGACGUGAAUGACUAUAGUAAUAUCAGAGUGAAACGGGUGUAUGACACCAGUGAGCUGGUUAGAUUGGCAGGAGUAACACAUUUCCCAGGUCUAGUGGCAGUAAGAACAAAUACAUUGGAAGCCACCCCACUAACACCAAAAAAUCCCUCAAAAGCUAAUUUACUGAAGGCUGUCAACACAUUUUUACUAUCUAAAAAUUAUGUUUUCCCAAUUCGGAAGACAUACAGCAAUGAUAUUGAUCUUGACCCUAAUACUGACAAAACCAUACAUGACAGCUCUGACACUAUCUACUAUAGUGACUUAGAGAAAACGAUAAAAACAUCUUUACAUACAGAAAUAACAAGACACAAAAUAUUAACUGGCGAGCCACUACAAGCCCUGUUAAAUUAUUUGGAUGUGUUGCUCAGUUCAUUUCCCUUCAGAGGUAAUCUUCAGGAAUAUAUUCUGGAUCUAAGGAACAAACUUGCAACUAGAUCUCAAUGGGCCGGUGCAGACAUAUUUGACAUGGUAAAGAAGUUGGAGACAGUCCAUGCACCCGUGUAUGUUACUAACUUGGAGUAUGUUGGCUGCCGAGGAAGCCAAUCCACAUACCGCGGCUAUACUUGUGGUCUGUGGACCUUGUUCCACACGCUCACAGUCAACGCUGCACUCAGACCUGGCAAAGAGGGACCGAAAGUUUUACAAGCUCUUCAUGGCUAUGUAAAACAUUUCUUUGGAUGCACCAAAUGUGCAGAGCAUUUUCAAGCCAUGGCAGCCAGGAAUAAAUUGUUUGAUGUAAAAGAAAAUGACAAAGCUGUUUUGUGGUUGUGGAUUUCCCAUAAUGAAGUGAACUUAAGACUGGCCGGUGAUGUCACUGAGGACCCUGAGCAUCCUAAGAUACAGUUCCCUAGUGUCAACAAAUGUCGCGAGUGCCGGCUCGCGCGUGGCGCGUGGAACCUGCCUGCGGUGUACCAGUACUUGCAAACAAUGUACAGCGGUGGCAACAUCAAGGACGUCGUUAGAAGGUCGGCCUUCGCUGCGCCGAGCCCCUUCUCCAACCUGGACCUUGGAAUGCUAAGCCUCCUCAUGAUUGUUCGAGUGUUGGUGGAAAGGUGGCUGAUAAGCUAGCGCAGGUACAUGCCAUAAUAAAUCGGAUCUCGAAGAUGACGUAGCACAUGCAUCACUACGCCCAGUUUUAGUCUCAUUUCAAUUAGGUACAUACUCUAUGUACGCAAUAGGCUUAUGUACCUACCUAUUUAAUAAUGUCAUGAAACAAAUAAGUUGUUAAUGUGAAUUCGUAAUUUAAGAUAAGUUACCUAAUUAAUACGGCUUCUUUGAUAGGCACAAAAUAUGAUAGCGCUUUUAAUGUUUACAACCCAGUUAAAUUUAAUCUAGGUCUACCUAUUAAAUUAACUUUUUUUAUAGUAUCGUUACCUACAUAAGGCCAGCUUUAUACUUUUGCAUGUCAAAGGAAAGUGAUUUAUUUCUAAGUCGUACUAAUAGCGUAUCCAUUUGUGCAUGUCUUUAAAUAAAUGUAUAAAUUAAUUAUUA